AUGAAAUUCACUCAGGCGUUGAAUAUUAAUCUGGUACCAGAAUGGAGUGAUUAUUAUCUCGGUUAUGAACAGCUCAAGAGGAGGAUAUAUCAGCUAGAACGGGACUUGGAGACGCAGCAACCACGACAGCAACCACGACAGCAACCAAGUGAUAUUGAAACUCCUCUUCUAUCCGCUACAGACUCGCCUGCGAUUCGUUUAUUCAGUCCAAUCCUUGAAAAAGAAGUUGACAGGAUUACCACCUUUUAUAAGGAUAAAGAGAGUGAAUUAGAUAGUGAUCGACAAAGCCUCUUUAAUUUCAUUCAUGCGACUGAGUUGGAUGUCGUAAGGAAUAGCCAGGAUUUUAGACCUUCGAGAGAUGACACCCGCGAUACAUACAAUACACAUAAUACACACAAUACGCACGACAAUAACGAUCAUAGCGAUAGCGACGACGAUGAUGACGAUAUCACAAAGCAUACUCAACCCAAGACUCACUUUGCAAGACGAUCUUUCAAUGACGAUUUUCACCAUGAUCAGCGUGAUACAAACGUCGAAAACAACCCACCCAGACGCAAAUCUAUCGCUGUCAUCAGAAGGCCCUCCCUUGAUCUCCUUGAUGACGACAUUGAGGACUCUAUCUGGACAUCAAAAUCCAAUUACGCCAUCGACCAGCGCAUUAUGAUUAAAAAACGUCUCACUGAGCUCUUUGUGCAGUUCAGCGAGCUCAAGCAGUUUGCACAAAUAAACGAAACUGGUUGCAAGAAAAUUCUCAAAAAGUUUGACAAGAUCACUGAAAACGAUCUCAAAACCUCCUUUAUGGAUAAUGUUGUCCUCGUCGCUUACCCUUUCACAGAAGAGACCAAGAAGAGAGUUGACAACAUACUCGACCAGUUUAUUGAUGUAUAUGCACGCGUUGUUACCCUCAAUAAUCGCGCUGUCGCACACAAUCAACUCAAAGCGCAUCUUCGCGAGUAUGUCGUACUCGAGCGUAACAGUGUGUGGAGACAGAUGGUUGGCCAGGAGCGUAGAUCGCAAGGUGUUCAGAUUCAGUCGCAGUCGUUGACCGAAAAGAAACCUGCGACUGGUAUUGCCAAGUACAUUCCUCCCUGGCUCACCUCGAAGAUGGUCGGGCUCCUUACUGCCGUCGUCGUCUUUAUCACUCUCCUCAAUCUCGACAUAUUCGACAAAGGCGAGGAGAAUUGUCUCGCGCUUCUUGUGUUUUGUGUUAUACUAUGGUCAUCAGAAGCAGUGCCGCUAUUCGUCACAUCGCUGUCUGUGCCUCUCUUCAUAGUCUUACUGCGCGUCGUCAAGUACCCCGAUGGUCAUAGAAUGGAAGCGGAGGAUGCAGCCAAGUAUAUACUAUCCCAGAUGAUGAACCCAACCAUAUUCCUUCUCAUUGGCGGCUUCACCAUUGCUGCUGCACUAUCCAAGCAUGGCAUUGACAGGGUUUUAGCCCUACGAAUCCUCAACCUAGCAGGCACAGAUCCCAAGCUAGUCCUGCUAGCACAGAUGGGAGUUGCAUGUUUCUCUGCGAUGUGGAUCUCCAACGUAGCCGCGCCUGUGCUAUGCUACUCGCUCGCACAACCGCUCCUUCGCAAAUUGCCACCCAAGUCUCCCUACGCACGGAGUAUGAUUCUCGGCAUAGCGCUUGCAGCCAACAUCGGUGGGCAGGCAUCACCUAUAGCGUCACCGCAGAAUGUGAUAGCGCUCGAUGCGAUGGAUCCACCGAUAGAUUGGCUGCAGUGGUUCGCUAUUGCACUACCAGUCGCGUCUACUUCGCUCGUCCUGAUCUGGGGUCUGCUCCUCCUCAGCUACGGCAGCGGGGAGGGCACCGUCAUCACCAAGCUUAAACCUUCAAAAGACAGCUUCACAUGGACGCAGUGGUAUAUCGCUGCUGUUACUAUCCUCACUAUCGUCUUGUGGUGUGUUGCUCACUCUCUUCAAAGCGUCAUAGGCGAUAUGGGCAUCAUCGCUAUACUCCCCCUCAUCGCCUUCUUCGGAACAGGCAUCCUCUCCCCGCACGACUUCAACUCAUUCCCGUGGACUAUUGUAUAUCUCGCCAUGGGCGGUAUUGCCCUCGGCAAGGGUGUGAUGAGCUCCGGACUGCUUGAUAGUGCUGAUGACGCAGUCAAGGAGAUGGUCGGCGGGUUUGGGGUGUGGAGGAUACUUGUUAUUUUCUCAGUCUUGGCUACCGUGGUCGCCACAUUCAUCUCGCACACUAUCGCUGCUGUCCUGCUGGUGCCGAUCGCGGCACAAGUCGGUCAAAACCUCUCCCCUCCUCAUGGUCGACUGCUCAUCAUGGCAACGGCACUCAUCUGCUCAGCUGGAAUGGGUCUCCCUGUCAGUGGAUUCCCUAACAUAGCCGCUAUCAAUCAGGAAGACAGCAUGGGUGAGCGGUACCUGACAACCAACGACUUUCUUAAGAAUGGCCUGCCGGCGACUGUGCUAGCAGCUGCAGUUGUCGAUACGAUAGGCUAUUUGAUAAUGAGAUUGAUGGGGUUGUAG